AUGAUGGAAGAUGCCAUUGGAACCAUCAUUUCAACCAUCAAGAACGGUAAAGUCAAUAUGGAUCACAAAGCUUUAGAGGCGUGGGCAAUUCAUAAAAUGAUUGAACUUCGAAAGGUUCGUUCCAAUCUAUUUCAGUUAGAGAAGGGAGGUGUAGUAAUUAUCAAAUCAAUGAUUGAAAAGUGGAUGGUGAAAGGGAAAGACUAUGAGUCAAAUUUCAUUCAAUACCUUAAAAAUCCAGAAUUUCAAGAAUUACUCAAAAAUUACUGCCUUAAAGAAAUGUCCUCUGAAAACUUUGCAAUUUAUAUGGACCUUAUGAAGUUAGAUAAGGAGGGAAAGAAUUCAACAAUGGACCUUGAAACUUUACAAACUCUAGAGAAGGAUUAUUUUCUUGCUAAUUCAAUGUAUGAAAUCAAUAUUUCACAUGCUGCAAAAAUGAAUUUCUAUAAAUUGUUGAAUAGUGCCAAACAGAAUGAACCUCCAACUGUUGGUGAAUUGAUUGAAGCUCUACUCACUGAUGUUGUUAGAAAUUUGUAUGAUACAUUCUCAAGACUCGAAAGAACUAAAGAGUUCAAAGUUUGGCUUGAAAUUUAUGAUAUUCAAAUAAAAAAUCUAUUACUCUAA